UUUCAAUUUAAAUGGCGCAAGCUGUUUUCGUGUUGUCCCAUGAAAACAAAUAAUGAUAGUUGAACAUAUUUUGAAAACUAUCGGAAAAGCUUUGUAAUAAACACAAUUAGAAUUCUUAAUAUAUUCAAUAAGAUUUUUAUUUAUCAAUAAAUAUAAGGUUUUAUAUUUUUUAUAUUAAUUUGAAGUGAAGCAAAACCUUAAUUUGAAGCUGUCCCAAGAUCAGUUUUCCCGCAUUUAAUAGAUAUUAAAAAAAUAUAUGUCCCACAAUAAGUUUUGCGAUGUUUUAAUUCAAUUGUGUUAAAGUUAUCCUUACAAAUAAACUAAGUAUAAACAAUAGCUAUAAUAGCAAAAUAGUAAGAUAAUUGCAUAAAAUCGUUGUCCCAUAAUAUAAACAUUACAGGACAAGUCUAGAUAGUAACGUUCUUUUCCUACCAAUUCACCCAUUUAUCAUUUAUUUUUUAUUUUAAUGGCAACCUCAAGCCCAAAAUCUACGGAACAAAUGCCGCCAUUUUAAAUUUAGUCGCAAUAAAGGUGAAUUGGUGGCCGCACGUGUGCGUAACGAAAAUUUUAUCCAAAGAAUUUGUCUCGGUAAACAUGGCACUAACACCUGCUGAAAGAGCUCAAAGGUACCGAGACAAACUUAAAAACUUACCGGAGAAGGCCGCAGAAGUGAGAAAGAAACAAUUAGCUCGACUAAAAGCCAAACGGAUAAAAAUAUCUGAAAUGACAGAAGAAGAAAAGACCAAAUGCCGUAAACAGUGGAAAGAAAAUAAAAGAAAGCAAAGAGCAAGGAAAUCUAAUAAUGCAAACCGGUGUGAAGGAACUUUGAAAGACGAAGCCACAGUUUCGCAGAAAAAACAAAACACGGACAAGGAUAAGCGGACUAUAAGAAAUCUUAAAUCUCUUAAAAAAACCAUCAAGCAAGGACUUAAUAAAAUUGCACAGCUGACUAAAAUUACAGAAAAACAAAGAAAACAAUAUUAUCGCCUACGAUUAUCUUCGUCAAAGAUAAUUGAAAGACAGAAAAAACUAAUUGAUAAAUUUAAAGCCAGAGAAGAAGUUCUCGAAGCCACACUGCGCCGGACUUAUAAAAAUUGUGAGAAAAGAAUAGAAAAACAAGUAUUGAAAAGACUAAUAAGAAACUCUAAAUACGGAAAUAAGACAUAUGUCGCCAAAUUAAUUGGCCUUCAAAGAACAGCUCGAAAUAAACAGAAAAAAAAUAGGGUAACGUGUUGCACAGAAAUUGAAGAGUUUUGGUUAAGAGACGAUGUCACCAGAGCAACGGCAGGAAAAAAAGAAUGCAGGUCUCGUGGUAACGAAAAACACCAAAUAAGAUACACAACCGAUACAUUACAAAAUUUAUUUAAAAAAUAUAAAGAACUAGGUGGUAAAUACGGUAUAACGUCGUUGUGGAAAUACAAACCCUAUUACGUCCUUUACCCGGGAUUAAAAUCAAGAAACACUUGUUUAUGUAUCAAACAUGCGAAUAUUGAAUUAAAAUUCAAAGCUUUACAGCUAUACGGACCAUUAAAACAAAUAUCUUUGGAGGAAGUUUUGGAUCAAGUUACUUGUAACCGUCAGUCAUAUUUUUGUGCGACAAAUAGAUGUACUCGGUGCAAAAAUUACAAAAUACAAUAUAAUGACAGUGACAAUGAUGACCGUAAAAAUGCCACCUGGUGGCAAUGGGAACGUGUUGACCACGAAUUUGUAAAGAAGGAAGGGAACGAAUCCAAAAUUAUCAAGACAAAAAAGACAGUAAAGUCGUUAAAAACAACAUCAAUCGCUGAACUAAAAUGUGCAUUUGAUUCCGAUAUUAUUAAAUUCAAAAAACAUGUUUUUGUUAUGAAGCAUCAAUACAAACAAUAUCAAAUGAUUAUUAAUAAUUUAAGCGAGAAAGAAGCUGUGAUUAUUUGUGACUUCAGUGAAAACUAUGAUUGCAAAAUGAGAGAAGAAGUUCAAGCUCUUCACUUUGGAUCAUCCAAAAACCAAGUGUCUCUACAUACCGGGGCUAUUUUUUGGAAAGACAUUAUGCAAUCGUUUUGUACAAUAUCCGAAAAUACAAGCCAUAGACCAGAAAAUAUAUGGACACAUUUAAAUCCCAUCCUUCAGGAAAUAAAAAAAAUGACUCCUAAUGUCAACAUUUUACACUUUUUUUCCGAUGGCCCCACCUCACAGUACCGUCAAAAGGGAAAUUUUCACUUAUUGAAUAUUCUUCCCAAAGAAAUGGAGUUUGAAUACUGCACCUGGUCGUUUUCAGAGAGUGGUCAUGGCAAAAGUAUUGCGGACGGCAUAGGUGGAGCUGUCAAACGAACCUUGGACAGACACGUUUCAUACGGAGUCGAUGCAAAAGAUGCAACACAAAUAUAUUACAUUUUAAGAGAACACUUUAAAACAACAAAAAUGUAUCUUGUAGAUGACAGUCAAAUUGAAAACUAUAUUUCCAAAAUUCAAAACUUAAAAACCUUGUCUGGCACGUUAAACUUACAUCAAGUAAUUACAAGUGAAAAGAACGAGAUUAAAUAUAGAGUAUUGAGCUGUUUUUGUGGCGAUGUUAAAGGAAUGUGUUUGUGUCAUUCCCCACAAUCUCAUCUACUGAAAAUGACUGAUCAAUCAUUUUCAGUAGAUGAGAUUGUGGGGAAUGAUCAAUUUGUCAGUAAUCAUUUCCAAAUUGAUCAAAAUUGUAUUGUUGACGAAAUCAGUGUUGAGGAGUCUAUUGUGAUACCCGUUGAAAUGGCAAAAUCCGGCAGUCCAUCACCGCCUACUGAAUAUAUAGAUUUGACGUCCGGUACAGAUAAUUCAUCAUUUUUAUGUCUCGAAUCACUCAAGCCAUUAAAAAAAAAAUCCGAUGAAAAUAAAUAUAAUGCUGAAACAAAAACCUCAAUAAACGUCAAGCGAGUUCUGUGUUGUACUGCAUGUCAUACUACUGGACAAUUGGCUAAGUGUAUUAUCUGCAUGUUAUGGUAUUGUUCCUCAUGUGCUGGUGGUCAGCUCCAAAUUGACUUUAUUUGUGAUCCUUGUUUGUCGUUCAAUUUUUAGCUUUAUGUACCUACCAUUUUUUUUUUAUAUCCCUCGUUGAUUUGUGUAAAAUAAUAUGUCGACGAAUAAGGACUUACUCAGUAGUUGAAACUGAAAAAUCUUCCACAAGAUGUUUAUUUUCGUUUCCUGAAAAAGAAGUUUGCUAGAAGAUUGUUCCGUUAUUAUAAGUACUAUAUAGGACGUACCUAAGGGUUUACAUCUUGUACAGUAUUUAUGAAUUUGAAGCUGGCCACCAGCCUACGAGAAUUGCUUUUCGUACAUUGAAGUUCAGCUCCAAAUUGACUUUUGAUUUGUUUUUGUUUCUAGGUUUAUGUUUUACACUAAUUUUAAUAAAGAAAAUUGAUAAUUUAAUGUUAAGGUAAGACUGAAUGAAGGCUGAUUAAACUAAGUAGGUUUUCAAAUUAUAAUGCGAGGCAUUUUUAGAGGUUUAAUUUUUGUUUAAUUCAGUUGUAAACAGCUGAAUUUGAUUAAAAUUUUUUGAUUUGUUUUAAAGUAAGAUUUCGACCCUUUCCGGGCUACAUUUUACAAGGUCGUUUAAAAGAUCAAAUAGCCCGAAAACCGGCGACGUUAAUGUGAAUUUUUAAUUUAGUAUAAAAUUUUAGAAUUUGAAGAAGGUCACCAGCGUAUGAGCAUUUCUUCUCAUACAUUGGUGUUCAACUCCAAAUCGACCAUAGUUGUAGUUCUUGUUUGUUAGUUUUAUGUGCCGAUCUGCUCAAACGGCAAUAAAAAAUAUUAAUUUGAUAUUAAAGUAAGACUGAUUAAAAUUAAGUAGGUUUUCAGAAACAAAUUAUAACCUGAGGCAUUGGUAGAAUAUUUUUUAUUUUUUAAACAGCUGAUUUAGUAAAGAGUUUAUCAGAAAAAAA